GGCGAAUUCGACAUCGCAUGCGCACUCGAUUUCGACGGCAUUGGGCUCUAUGACAUAUGGGUUACUCACGACGCCUGUGGUCUUCCGACGAAAGAAAUAUGGCCGUAUUUCUCCACAGAUGAUGUUGCUAUUGAUAAUCUUCGCAAGGACUUGCCUAUUGAGGUUUCAUCCUGCUGGAAUGGCGUUGCUGCUUUCGAUGCUCGCUGGUUCCUUCCUCAGCAAUCGCCCGAUGGCCAGCUUCCGCUACAAUUCAGAGACAACUCACAAUGCGCAGCAUCCGAGUGUUUCCUUGUAUCCUAUGAUAUGCACUUGGCAAAUCCGCCGACUCAGAGACCUCGAAUAUACAUCAAUCCGCAAGUGAAUGUCGCGUAUACACCGCUCCAUUUCUUAAUACACUGUAGACUCACGCAUCUUACUAUCUCGAGGCCAUGGCGCGUCAUCUGGGAAGAUUUGAUUGCGCAUAGAUGGUUCGGGUGGGUAUCUGACAAUAUCUGGUUGAAGCCAGAUAGGUGCGUCGGUCAGGGAGGGAUAUGGGAGGGGGUGAUCAGAAGACAGGGAUGCCCUGGUGUUGGUGUAUGA